AUGUCUAAUUUAGAAGAAGAUGAAGACUUACAACUAUCAGAUGUCCCAAUGGAUGAGAAUGAUAAUGGUUCAGAUUUAAACUCUUCACAAGAUGAAUCUGAAGUUGAAGAAUUAUUUAGUGAUUUAUUAGAUGAAGAAUCAGAAUUUAUAAAUAGAAAGAUUUUUGAAAGUGUUUUAAAUGGUAAAAAAGUCACACUAGAAGAAGAAGAUAUCCCUGAAGAACCUGAAGAAGAAUUAGAUGAAGAAGAAAGACUUCGAUUAUUAAUGGAUCAUUUAGAUCGUGAUCAAAUGUCAAGAUAUGAAUAUUAUAGAAGAACAACAGUUAAUAGAGGUGGUGUUAAAAAAAUUGCAAAUACCGUGUUGAAUCAAAGUGUAUCAAAUAAUGUUGCUAUUGUAUUGAGUGGUGUUUCUAAAGUAUUUAUGGGUGAGAUUAUUGAAAAAGCUAGAAAUAUAAAACUUCGAUAUGAUAAGGCAAAUUAUAUAAAUAAAUUAAAUGAAAAAAGAGAACUUUAUAAUCAAUUGAAAAAAGAAUAUAAAGAAACCAAGAGAAAUGGUAUAACAGUGGAAGAAAUGGAAAAAGUUAAAAAAGAAAUUGAAAUUAUUAAAAAUGAAUUAAAAAAAUUAGAUUUGAAAAAAGUUAAUGAAAAUGGUCCUUUACAACCUGAACAUAUACGAGAAGCUUGGAGAUUAUAUCAAUUAGAAAGUGGUACGAAUCCAAGUGGUCAAUGGAGACAUCAGGGUGAAAGAGAUGGGCUGAUGUUUAGAUGA